GUGACAAUCAGUGACAAUCGAAUGUCAAAAUAAUUUCGCGCCGGUUUUCGAUCAAAAGUAAAUAUUUUUUUAGUUUGGUUUUGGGUUAGAGGACGACGAGAGCAAGCGUUUUGUUGAUUUACAAUAAAUAAUAGCUUUAGAUGGAUAGAAAGAGGAACGUUCUCUCGCAGAUGAACGGUCGCGAGGAGAGCAAAAAGAGGACGAGUACGAACGAGGAGAGACCCUCCAAAAGGCACAAACCUACACCUAUGCAGAACAGUAAACCAGGCACAAUACUGCGAAUGACACUCACAAACUUUAUGUGUCACAGUCAUCUGGAUGUCAAGUUUGAUAACAGCAUCAACUUUGUGAUUGGCAGGAAUGGCAGCGGGAAGAGUGCCAUCCUCACUGCACUCAUUGUUGGUUUGGGAGCGAAGGCUACAGUCACCAAUCGGGGCAACUCCAUCAAAGGUUUCAUAAAAGCUGGUGAAAAAUCUGCCAGCGUAUCGAUAGUGCUGAAUAAUGCCGGUCCAUUUGCGUACAAGCACGACGUGUACGGAGAUUCCAUCGAGAUCGUGAGGAGCGUCACGGCGAGCGGCUCCUCGCAAUACAAAAUAAAAUCGCAUAGCGGCGAAGUGAUGUCGAAGAACAGGAAGGAGAUACAGAACGUCGUGUGCGGCUUGAACAUUCAGGUGGACAAUCCGAUAUGCAUCCUCAAUCAGGACACGUCGCGCAAUUUCCUCAGCAGCAGCGAUCCGAAGAUGCGGUACGAUUUGUUCGUGCGAGCCACUCGACUGGACAUCCUCUACGAGGAGUACAAGCAGGGCAACAGACGACGCCAGAAUUCGCUCGAAGUGUACCAGGAGAAGCAACGAUUGAUACAGCAGCUCGCCAACGAGAUCGAGGAGAUGCACAGGAGACUGGAGACGCACCAGAACAUCGAUAGGACGAGAAUGAAUUUGCAGACGCUCGAGGUGGAGUUCCUUUGGGCUAUGGUGGUCGAUGCCGAAGCAGAGGCCAAAAAACAGAGGGCUGUGACUGACAGGUGCUUGGCGGAGAGUACGAACCUGGAGGACAUCCACAUGCGAGGCGAUGAAAUUAUGAAGGAAAUUGUGGAUAAAGUCCAAUCGUUCAAUCAGAAUAUCAAGGAGCUGAAGGAUACGUUGGACAGUCAGGAUAAGUCAAGGAAAGAGUGCAUCCAGCAAACGAACGUCUUGCAACAAAAACUGAUGGAGAGGAUGCGAGAUAAGAUGGCGCUGGAGCGUGAGAUCGAGCGGAAGGAGGUGGAUAGACGGGGACUGAAAAAUGAGAUAGAGAACUUCACCAGCAAGAUGAGCGAUAGGCAGAAGAACAAGCUGGAAAAUCUGCGUAGCAUCGCGGAUCUGGAGGAGAAGUUGAAGCAGAUGCAAGAGAUGAGGGUCACAUUCCAAAACGAAAAGUUCCAGAGCGACAGCGAUGUUAAAGCGAAGGAAGACGAUCAGGAAGCGAUGCUGAAGGAUCUGGAGACGGCGAAGAGCAAGCUGAAUAGAUCGAAGGAACAUCUGAGCGCAAUGAGACGCGAGACGAACAACCCGUUGGCCCCCUACGGUAGGAACACGAUCAGAUUGAGGCAGAUCAUCGACGCGCACAAAUCGGACUUCCGAGAGAUGCCUAGAGGUCCGCUCGGUGCGUCCGUCUCGGUGAAGGAUCGCAAAUGGACGGUCGCCAUCGAGGGUUUCAUAGGGGUGGCGCUGCUGCAGGCGGUAGCCGUCGACAACGACGACGAUCGGAGGGUGCUGAUCCAGCUGAUGAACAAGUACAUGCCGGAGAUGGCGAAGCCGUUGAUCAUCACCAGCAAAUUCUUCCAUCAGGUGCACAACGUAGAGCCGAACAUGACGAGGGCGCCUUCCGAAGGAUGCGUCAGCUUGUACGAGGCAAUCUCCGUCAACGAUCCGGUCGUGAUGAACACCCUCAUCGAUCAGCUGGCCAUCGAAGGAAUCCUCCUCAUAGAAAGCGACGAUCUUGCCAUCGAUCUGAUGAGCAAAGGUGAGCGGGUGCCGAGGAAGUGCGCGCAGGGCAUCACCCAGAAGGGCGACUCCUAUUAUCCUUACCCGAACUACCGGACGUACUGCACGCGAUACCGCAAUUCGAGAUUCCUUCAGGUCGAUCGCGAAGAUCUGAUCAGGCAGCUCGAAUCGGACAUCCAGGGGCACGAGACGAAUAGAGAUGAGCUUGACGUGACGUUUGCGAAGGCCAAAUCAGAGCUCGACGAGAAACGCAGGUAUUCGGCGGAGCUGAACCACAAGUUGGAGACUUGUCAGACGGGCAUCAGGAGGGCGCAGAGAAAGUUGUCGGAAUUGCAGGAGAGUAUCGAGGAAACGGAGCUGGGAAACGUGCAGGAAUUUGAGAACGAGCUGAUGGAAGUGCAGAGAACCGUCGACGCGAUCACAGAGAAGAAGGAAAAAAUUGAGGAGGCCAUCGCGCAGCUUCAAAAGCAGCUCGAUUCCAGCGAAGAGAAUCGUCAGCAAUGGGACAGGGCGAUCGCUGCGAUCGACGAGCGUAUACAACCGAUUCAGGAUCGAAUUCGCGAGCAAUUAAAUAGGAAACUGGAAAUACAGGUGAGCAAAGAUAAGAGCAAAAGGAGGAUACUGCUGGCGAAGCAGAAGGUCGAGGAGGAAACGAAAGUAUUGAUGGAGUUGGAGGGAAACGUGAAGGAACGUAUCGCGGAAGCUUCUUCCCUCGCUGACCAGAGACCCGAGGAAAUAAGGGCCGUUCCGGUCGUGGUCGAGAAGAUGAAAGAGUUGCAGAGCACUAUACGUCGCAUGGAGACGGAAACUGGGAAUUUGGAAGAGCUGAUGGAGAUGUACAAGAGCAAGUCGAAUGUGCUAAACAGGACGAAGGAGAUUCUCGAUCGGAUCCACGAGGAUUUGGAUAUGCUGACGGCCGCCUACCAUCAUCGCAGACGGCUAUGCAAGAACACGCGCGAAUACUUUGAGACAUUCAUCGGUCACUGCUUCGGCAAGUUCCUCAAGUGGCGGCAGUUCCAGGGGAAUCUAUCGAUUAAUUUCGAGGAGGAAACGCUCGACAUGGUCGUGAUACCGCAGCACGGCAGCCAAGGCAAGACGCAGACGACGAACCUCUCCGGUGGCGAACGUUCCUUCUCGACGGUCGCCUUCCUCUAUUCCCUCUGGCAAUGCUUGGAUUUUCCAUUCUACUUCCUGGAUGAAUUCGAUGUGUUUAUGGAUAAGAUGAAUCGGGCCCGAGUCAUGGAGAUACUCAUACAUCACGCCAAAUCCAACAGCGACACGCAGUACGUAUUCCUCACGCCGCAGGACGUUGCCUUCCUGAAGGAUAACAUGGACGUCGCCCUUCACAGAUUGGAGGAUCCAACGAGGCGAAUAUCGUCGACUCAGUAAUUCAAAUAUAUUUUUUUUUAUAAAAAUGCAAAGUAUAGUGAUGUGAGUAUGUAUGUAUACACUAU